AUGCCUUCGCCGGCAAAGAAGCGGUUUCGUGAAGACAGCGAGGAUGAGCCGUCUUUUAGAGCCGAUAAAAGUAUGGAUUGUGAGGAUGAUCCUGACGAUUAUGAAGACACUGACGAAUUAUGCCACGGAAAAGAGGAUCUGAUUCAACCUCGUGUUAUGCUCGAGCAUGUUGAGAAUCCACUUCAAUCUCAUCUCUUUUCUAGGAAUGUAAACGAAUACCUUGGUCGCCCUGAGAGUGUAUUGAUGCACCCUGAUUUUCCCGUGAAACCGCCUUCAUUGACAACCUAUUAUAGCAAAAAAUUUGGUUGCACGGCAGCUUUUGGGAAGGUGAAGGAGGUGACAGACCGCAUGAAGGAAGAUCAGAUUGGCAAGCAGGAGUGCGAGCGAGAACUAGGCGAGCUUGAGAAGGCUUUCCUUAAAAAGAUGGAAGAGUUUCUUUCUAACCAUCGUGAUGUUUUGCUACCGAAGCAAACAGAGUUCGUUGAGCACAAGAUUAAGCUGAUGCGAAAAAAGGUAUUUCCAUCCCAACGGAAUUCGAAAGUGAAAAGCAACAAACCGCCUAACGGUUCUCACGUGAUGCAGGAAAAAACGGCUUUUGAUCUCUUUUGUUCGACGAAGAUGGAUAAAUACGUUGACCGGCCUGCUGAAGUUCGACUAAAGAAACUGCGAAGGAAAUUUGACAAGCUUCCUGAUGACAAGAAAGAGAUAUUCGAGAAACUUGCUCAAAUCAGAUGA